GGCUUGCUUGUUCGAUUUUUGCGGCGUUUUUUUUUGUUCACCUUCGGCCUUCCCUCCAACCAAGUGUGUUCCUCACGCGCGCGGCAGCCAUUCUCGUGGUUCGGAGAAGUUACUAGUUCUCGUCGUCAAACGAUAGCCCAGGCAGGCAGCGCUUCCAGCUGGUGGUGAAUCAGGUUCCGCGAAGUCACUUCCGGGCCGAGUUGAUCUGUGAUUUUGAGUCGAUUUUUCCCGGGGUGUGGAAAAACGAGUUGCGAAAUUUUCGCCUGCUCAAGAAGGCCGAGGAGAGGAACAAAGCCCGAGCAGCCAACUUGGAUUGUGUUGAAAAGAAGCAGCUCUUUGUGCUAGGAAAAAUGGCCACCACAGACGUCAACAUGGAGACGGCGGAAAGCAGCAGCAGCAGCACCACCAAACCAAUCGCGUCCAAAAAGGGCCAACAGCAGAACGCCACCAGCCCGAACGGCAACAGCGCCGCGGACGGUGCCGUCGACGACAACGGCGACCUGGCGACCAACGCCGAGGACAUGACUUCGCGGGACUACUACUUUGACUCGUACGCCCACUUUGGCAUCCACGAGGAGAUGCUGAAGGACGAGGUGCGCACGCUGACGUACCGGAACGCGAUGUACCACAACAAGCACCUGUUCAAGGGCAAGACGGUGCUGGACAUUGGCUGCGGCACCGGGAUUUUGUCGAUGUUUGCGGCGAAGGCGGGCGCGGCGCGGGUCAUCGCCGUCGAGUGCUCCAAUAUUAUUGACUACGCGCAGAAGAUCAUCGAGGCGAACCACCUGGACGAGGUGAUUACGCUGGUGAAGGGCAAGGUCGAGGAGAUCGAGCUGCCGCACGGGAUCGACAAGGUGGACAUUAUUAUCUCGGAGUGGAUGGGGUACUGCUUAUUCUACGAGUCGAUGCUGGACACGGUAUUAUACGCGCGGGACAAGUGGCUCAGACCCAACACCGGUAUGAUGUUCCCGGACCGGUGCACGCUGUUUGUGUCGGCGAUCGAGGACCGUCAGUACAAGGACGAGAAGAUCAACUGGUGGGAUAACGUGUACGGGUUCAACAUGAGCGCGAUCCGGAAGGUCGCCAUCAGCGAACCGCUCGUGGACGUCGUCGACCCGAAGCAGAUCGUAACGAGCUCGUACAUGAUCAAGGAGAUCGACCUGUACACGGUCCAGAAGCAGGACCUGGACUUUGAGUCGCCGUUCCACCUGUUGGUCAAGCGGAACGACUUCAUCCAGGCGCUGAUCACGUACUUCAACGUGGAGUUCACCAAGUGUCACCAGCGGCUAGGCUUCAGCACCUCGCCCGAGUCGCCGUACACGCAUUGGAAGCAGACGGUGUUCUACUUUGACGAGUAUCUGACGGUGAAGAAGGGCGAGGAGAUCUACGGCAUGUUCAAGAUGAAGCCGAACGCGCGCAACAACCGCGAUCUGGACUUUAUGAUCGACCUGCACUUUAAGGGCGAACUGUCCCAGGUCAACGAGAAGAACCACUAUCGGAUGCGUUAACUUCCAGAAGCAAACAAACAAACCCCCGCCCACCCCCUUUAAAUAUUCACAUUUCCUCAAU